AUGUCGGAGACACAGCUCUUAAAGGCCAAACAGGCCAAAUUAAAGGAAAAUGAAAAGAUGUUAGACUAUGAAUCUCAGACACAGGCCUGGCACAGGAGCUGCCCACUGGGCUCUUCUGCCAUCGACAGACCACAGUGGCUACAGACAAGCGAGUGCCCCUGUUUGCAUCCUGGCACAUCACCUUCAGCUGAAAUCAAUGGGGUUAUUAAAAACAAGGGCAGUUCUUCGAAACAAGAGACAACAGCAGUUUCUGCAGUUGUUUUACGCGAUCAUCAGAUACACAGACAUCAGCUCCAGGAUCUUUCCUUAGCAGAUUCUUCUAAGCCAAGGACAAGGAAUACCAAGAACAUUUACAAACCUAUGAAUAAAGAAGUGGUCAGAGCAGUAGUAGACCAAGAAAAAAGCACUUGCCACAAAACCAAGGAAGAUGCAGGAAAGGAGUUUGUUCUUGAUCCCAGUCCUCCACAGCUAAUGUUAGCUCAGAAAUUAAGCUUAGUUGAGCUUCCUUCCUUGCCAGUAGCUGCUGAAGAAGUUGUAAAAGUAAAGCAGAGAUCCAUACAGCGUGGAGACACCAUACGGCCUUGUGCAAUAUGCAGGGAAGAAUUUGCACUUCAGCCUCAAGUGCUGCUUUCAUGUUCUCAUGUAUUCUAUGAAACAUGCUUGAAAGCCUUUGAAAAAUUUACAGAAAAGUCUUGUCCUAUGUGUAGAACAGAGCAGUAUCUGACCAGAGUAAUACAUGAUGGGGCACGCUUGUUUAAAAUGAAGUGUACUAGCAGAACUCUAGCUUCCUGGAGGGGAUAUAUUGUUAGAAAAUGGUAUAAAACGAGAAAAUCAGUGUGUCCUAAAGAUAGCAAAUUAAGAAAGCAAUUCUUUAAGGUCAAGUUUUAAGAAAUCAGCAAUCAACUAUUGAGUUCUUAGGACAUCAAUCUAGCUGAAUUUUUUUCUGAGCAAUCAGUUUUCAAGACAGACUUCUACUUUCUUGUUCCACAUUAUUGUUCAUAUUUGUUUUAUCAUACCUGUCUUCAAGCAUUUGCAGAGUUUUCCUUGGGAGAGUGACAUAUUUGUCCUUUAUUUCACUCAUUAUCAAAAGAAAAUCCUCAACUGUUGAUACAUGUUGAGGAGCGGCU